UAAAUUCUGAUCUACCUGGUAUGUUUUGAAAGAUACGUGGCGUAGAGUGAAAUUUUGGUGUCAAUGUUUUUGAAAUAGUUCUGCUUAAAAACUAUUUAAAUAACAAUGUUUAGUUUUACAAUUUUGUCGAUUCUCUCAUAUUUAUCUGUGUCUUCUGCCUUAUAUUUUCAUAUUUCUGAAACAGAAAGAAAAUGCUUCAUUGAAGAAAUACCGGACGAGACAUUAGUUGUCGGUAAUUAUAAAUGUGAGUUAUUUGAUCCUAAAACUGGAGGAUUUAUGCCUUCAAGUCCAGGUAUUGGGAUGCAUGUUGAAAUCAGGGAUCCACAGGAAAAAGUAAUAUUAUCCAAAGUUUAUUCAUCAGAAGGGAAGUUUACUUUCACAUCAAGUUUGCCUGGAGAACAUGUGAUAUGCUUGUAUUCAAAUACUACGAAAUGGUUCAGUGGAUCUCAGUUGCGAGUCCAUUUGGAUAUCCAAGUUGGUGAACAUGCAGUUGAUUACGGAAAUGUUGCUCAGAAAGAAAAAUUGACUGAGCUUCAACUUCGUUUGCGACAACUUCUGGAUCAAGUUGAGCAGAUCUCUAAAGAGCAAAAUUACCAAAGGUAUCGUGAGGAGCGUUUCAGACAAACCAGUGAAAGUACCAACCAACGAGUACUUUGGUGGUCCAUUUCUCAAACAGCUAUUCUUCUUCUCAUGGGAUUCUGGCAGAUGAGACAUUUGAAGAGUUUCUUCCAAGCCAAAAAAUUAGUGUAAAGGACAGAAUAUUUUUAAUUAUUAUAUUAACAUCAAACAUUUUUGUAUCAUGAUUGAGUGAGACAGUUUCAUCAUCAUGUUCAGUAAAAAACAAAAAGUCCUA